AUGUUGAACGGCGAAGAUCCGCCCGAGCGGCCCGACUACAUUGUCAACAUCAUCAAUGGCCUCGAGCGGUACAACCCCGAGGCUGUCGUCAACCUCGAGUCCUACAUGCAGGAGCAGUGCGAGCAGAAGUACUGCGACUGUAAUGCGAACCGGACACUCCUGAAGCUGUACCAGCUCAACCCCGACCGUCUCAAGGAUGAGGUCGUCACCAACAUCCUCGUCAAGGCCAUGACCCAGUUCCCCUCGCCGCAGUUCACCCUCGCCCUGCACCUCAUCAAUCCCUCCGUCAUCGCCCAGGGCGAGCUCCACGAGGCCGUCGCCAAGCUGCGCACCCUCAACAGCCAGCUCGAGGGCUCCCAGUACGCCCGCUUCUGGAACACCAUUGACGGCGACGACCUCUGCGCCGACCUGAUCGCCGACAUCUCGGGCUUCGAGGACCUCAUCCGCAGCAACAUUGCCAACUCGGUCGCCCAGGCCUUCCGCGAGGUCAGCCUGUCCCAGCUCGAGUCGUGGCUCGGCCUCGACGGCGACGCUACCGCAAAGUUCGUCACCGAGGUCGCCGGCUGGACCGUCGGCGACAACGGCGUCGUCACCAUCCCCAAGAACGCUGAGAACGAGGCCAAGAAGUCUGAGAUCAGGGAGGACGUCAACGUUGACAUGUUCUCGAGGAUUCUCCGGAGAUCAUGGGAGGAGACUGCGUAA